GGGACAUCACUGGGAGGGAUGUAGAGAGAGUCAGAGCUGUUCAACUACUGUAUGGAAGAGAUCUCUGGGCAUAAAAGGAUCUACCCUGAAAUCUGUGAAUGCACUGAAGUUGCUGCCAGGCACAAUUAUGACAGAGAAGAGAAGACGCAGCUCUCUCUGGAUGAAGUUGCACGCACAGUAACUGAAGAAAGACCCUACAGGAGUCAGGUACACACUCUGACAGCCACUUCACACCGGGUCAGGCUCAUUAAAAGACUUCAUAGGCCUUUAUUAGUUGCUGUUGCCAGCCAGAGAGCAGCUUCAUGCAUCCUAAGAGGAAGACACAGACUAUACACAACUUCACAGCAGUCUGAGGCUAAAGUGGAAAUGUUCGUUUGGUGUCUUCUCUCUCUGUUGGCCCUGCUCCCGGUGACUACAGGUAUCAACCCUGGAGUUGAAGUCAAACUAACUCAGAAAGGACUUGAGUAUGGUCGACAGAUGGGAAUUGCCUCGAUCCAGAAGAAGCUCAGCAGCAUCAAACUGCCAGAUAUAAGUGGCACAGAACACGUGGAUCCGAUUGGAAAAGUCCAGUAUAGUUUUACAGGGAUGCAGAUUGUGAACCUGGGACUGCCAACAUCAGCACUGGGUUUAGUUCCUGGAACUGGCGUUAGUCUCUCAAUUGACAACGCCUUCAUUAACCUGCAUGGCAACUGGAGAGUCAAAUACCUCAGGAUUAUAAAAGACAGCGGAUCGUUUGAUCUGGCUGUGAGCGCGCUGACCAUAAGAACCACUAUAGCAGUCAUGAGUGAUGAAACUGGCCGUCCAUCCGUCAGCAUGACCAGCUGCACUGCAGACGUGGGGAGUGUCAAAGUCAAAUUUCAUGGUGGGGCCAGCUGGUUAUAUAACCUCUUCAGCUCCUACAUUAAUAAAGCUCUAGGCAGUGCCCUGCAGAAACAGAUCUGCCCCCUGGUGGCUGAGUCCAUUGCUGAUGUAAACCCCCACCUGAAAACAUUAAAUGUUGAAGCCAAAGUAGACAAGUAUGCUGAGAUUGAAUACUCUAUGGUGGGCUCUCCUGUCAUCUCCAAUGCCUCUAUUGACAUUGGUUUAAAGGGUGAAUUUUACAACACCGGACAACACAAAGAACCCCCCUUCUCCCCAGCACCUUUCUCACUGCCUUCCCAGAACACUAAUAUGCUCUACUUCGGAGUAUCUGCCUUCACCAUCAACUCAGCAGGUUUCGUUUACCACAGUGCUGGUGCCCUCAGCCUCAAUAUCACUGAUGACAUGAUUCCUUCUAGUUCUCCAAUUCGUCUGAAUACCAAGACAUUUGGAACGUUCAUCCCUCAGAUUGCUAAAAUGUAUCCUGGUCUGAUGAUGAAGCUGCUGGUUAAGACAGUGAAGCAGCCCAUCGUUACAUUUCAACCCAACAACGUGACUGUUCAGACCAGCGGUUUAGUGACAGCUUAUGCCAUUCAGCCCAACAGCACACUGUCCCCACUGUUUGAUCUCAAUCUGGACGGCAGCAUCAGUGCUCGUGUAUAUGUGACUGAGCUCAAACUAGCAGGAUACUUGACCCUUAACAAAAUUGAUAUGAGCUUAGCAAAAAGCUAUGUGGGACCAUUUCAGGUCACAUCUCUUGAAAAUAUCUUCACAAUGGUCUUGAAAGUUGCUGUGAUGCCCAAGGUUAAUGCAUGUUUAAAAGAAGGUUAUCCACUUCCCACUAUUGGAAAGAUGCACCUUGUGGAGACUCAGCUUCAGGUUUUGAAAGACUAUUUGUUGGUUGGAACAGAUGUUCAGUUUACAGAAUAGACCUCACCUGAUGUUGUCAAGAAUUUUAUUAAGGAAAAUGGUCGUCAUUGAAGAAAAUAUGUUUGAUGAUCUAAAAUGUGCUUUCUAGAAAAAUCAAUAGCGUUUAUUCAAUUCCUGUUUGAUCUUUAUUUGAUUGAUCUUUUUAUUUGACGUUUAUACUGUAAAUAAAGUUUUGAGGAACUUCCCCUUCAAAAACUGGAUUUAUUAUUUUUCUUUAUAUUGUGAAUGAAUUAUUAGGGCUCUCCAAUGAUGGAUCAUUUUCUUCCUGUCUUUUUUCAUUUGAAAAACAACUUGCUCUGAUUGCGCUCUUUUGCUAUGUUUGAAAGCAACCUUCAUUCUUUGGAUACUUGCAGGGGCGGAAUCGGACAAAAAAUCAGCCCUGGCACUGUAGCCACACGAGCCCACAUUACCACACAGCCCAACCCACCGACACGCGCAAUCACUACUUACAUUUGUGUACUUAAACAUUUAUUGUAAGUGACUGGCAAACAAUGCUUAGUACUUUUCUAAGGACAUACGUUUUGUUUUCUGCAAGCUCUCCUGCCUGCUCUGCAGCUCUCGUGCAUUCUGUUUCAUUUGCUUGCUCUUUUUCCUCUACUUGAUGAUGGGCUAAGUGUCAUCAUUAUCUGGAUCACUGCUUGUACUAGGCGUUGCAUCCUUCUGAUUCUGAAUAAAUAAAUGCACUUAUGAAACAA